AUGGAGUCGGCUGCUUUGAAUGGGAGGAUGGCUAAAUGGCAGAUUUUUCUUUUUGAAUUUGACAUAGUUUAUGUGAGCCAGAAGGCCGUGAAAGGGAGUGCAAUAGUAGACUUUCUAGCUAGUAGAGCCUUGGAGGAUUACGAGCCUUUGAACUUUGAUUUCCCAAACGAUGACCUGAUGUAUGUGGCAACCACUAAAGAAAAUUCUCAAGUGGGUCACAUUUGGAAGCUAAACUUUGAUACAACUUCAAAUGCUAUGGGCAAUGGAAUUGGGGCAGUUUUAGUAUCCACAAACAGAGAUCAUUAUCCUAUUGCUAGCAAAUUGGAUUUUGAUUGCACACACAAUAUAACAGAAUAUGAAGCAUGCAUCAUGGGCAUCCGUGCAGCCAUAAAACGUAAAAUCAAAGUAUUAAAGGUAUAUGGGGAUUCUGCAUUAGCGAUAUACCAACUCAAAGAGGAAUGGGAAACAAAAGAUCCCAACUUGAUUAGUUAUCGAAAGCUGGUUCUUAAAUUGAUUGACGAGUUUGAUGACAUUACUUUCUGCUAUCUCUCACGAAAUGAAAAUCAGAUGGCUAACAUGUUGGCUACUCUAGCUUCCAUAAUCAAAGUGAACAAACUAGACAUUAUAAAGCCUAUCCAAAUGAGCAUUUAUGAGACUCCGGCUCAUUGCUACAGUAUCGAGGAAGAGGAAAAGGAUGACCAUCCUUGGUACCAAGAUAUACUACGAUAUGUGAAGAAUCACAAGUACCCUGAUCAGGCAACGAAGAAUGAUAAUAAGACAUUGAGGAGACUAGCCAUUGACUAUGUGUUACAUGGAGAGAUUUUAUAUAAAAGGGGAAAGGAUCAGAAUGGCUAG